UGACGACACAUGAUUGGCUCUUGGUACAAGGAAGCAAACAGUUGAUUGGUUCAUUGUAAAAAAACCCGGCAGAAGUCAAGAGUGGACGAACAAAAAUAACACAGGAGCCGCUGGAAUAGCAACUGUUUAUUUGCCAGGAGCCCAGUGAUAAAGGAACCAUGGUCGAUCCAAUGGAGAAUGGCUUGUUUGACAUUCCUGACUAUGACAACACGGAUGACGAGACCUUUCCUCCUCUCCCCCCUCCCUUCUCACCAGGAGAGGGAGGAGAUCCUUUUACAGGGGAGGAGGGAGGAGAGAUCUCCAAGCUGGCCGAAGUCCCUGUUGCCAAGAGGAGAGGCGUCAAGAGACCACAGCCCAAACUGGACUCUCAGAGGCUGAUAUCAGAAAGAGGACUUCCGGCUCUUCGCAACCUGUUUGACAACGUUCAUUUCAAAGGCAAAGGACACGAGGCUGAGGACUUGCGGGUGCUGAUGCAGAGGAUGGAGAACUGGGCUCACAGGCUGUACCCCAAACUACAGUUUGAAGACUUCAUAGACAAACUGGAGACACUGGGCAGCAAGAAAGAAGUCCAGGUCAGACUGACAGGCCCUUGUUGUUAUAACCAACAUGCAGGUCAGACUGACAGGCCCUUGUUGUUAUAACCAGGCCCUUGUUGUUAUAACCAACACCCAGGUCAGACUGACAGGCCCUUGUUGUGAUAACCAACACCCAGGUCAGACUGACAGGCCCUUGUUGUGAUAACCAACAUGCAGGUCAGACUGACAGGCCCUUGUUGUUCUAACCAGGCCCUUGUUGUUAUAACCAACACCCAGGUCAGACUGACAGGCCCUUGUUGUUAUAACCAACAUCCAGGUCAGACUGACAGGCCCUUGUUGUUAUAACCAGGCCCUUGUUGUUAUAACCAACAUGCAGGUCAGACUGACAGGCCUUUGUUGUGAUAACCAACAUCCAGGUCAGACUGACAGGCCCUUGUUGUUAUAACCAGGCCCUUGUUGUUAUAACCAACAUCCAGGUCAGACUGACAGGCCCUUGUUGUUAUAACCAGGCCCUUGUUGUUAUAACCAACACCCAGGUCAGACUGACAGGCCCUUGUUGUUAUAACCAGGCCCUUGUUGUUAUAACCAACAUCCAGGUCAGACUGACAGGCCCUUGUUGUUAUAACCAGGCCCGUGUUGUUAUAACCAACACCCAGGUCAGACUGACAGGCCCUUGUUGUUCUAACCAGGCCCUUGUUGUUAUAACCAACAUCCAGGUCAGACUGACAGGCCCUUGUUAUUCUAACCAACAUCUGGAGGUGUGGUGUCAGUGGAAGUCGUAAGGUCUGAAUGUUGUUGUUCUAACCAACAUCUGGAGGUGUGGUGGUGUUAGUGGAAGUCAUAAGGUCUGAAUGUUGUUGUUCUAACCAACAUCUGGAGGUGUGGUGGUGUCAGUGGAAGUCAUAAGGUCUGAAUGUUGUUGUUCUAACCAACAUCUGGAGGUGUGGUGGUGUUAGUGGAAGUGGUCUGAAUGUUGUGU